ACCCUGGUCUACCUCAUCAGAGCAAUCUACCUUCUUAGAAUCAAGGCAGUGGGAUCACCGACGGUCGAACACAAAGACAUGAAAAUUCCGAAACUCGAGCAUCGCGACGGCGAAACGGCCCCUCAAACCGCCCAAUCAGCUACAAAACCACCUCUCUUGCGACUACCCCCAGAGAUUCGGAAUCAAAUCUACGAGCUCGUGCUGGGUGGGAACGAAUUCUGCUUCGGAAAAUCCAGUGAUAAAUUCCCGCUGCCAGCAAACUUUCUGGCACUGCUGCUAGUAAAUCGCCAGAUCUGGGCUGAAGCUCGUGACAUUCCAUUCAAGUCGAACAAGUUCGACUUUCGCGAGGCCGGGCGCAGUGUGUUGUGGCAUUUCACUGACGACCUCUCUAGACAACAGCGCAUGUGGAUCAAUGACAUCAGAGUGCAUCAAAAUGUUGACGGUCUAUCUUUCAAAAAGCCGAAAUAUGUCAACUUUAACAACGAUGGCACGAUGGUAACGGAAGAUGGGAAGGGUGUCUGGAACUACUUUACCAUACCCGAGUUGUUUCCAGCAGUCAGGACUUGA